AUGGCUGAUCGUGGUUACCGUGGUGGUCGUGGUCGUGGUGGCGGAGAUCGUGGUGACCGCGGAGGUGGAAGAGGCCGUGGCGGCGGUGGACGCGGUGGAGGAGACUCCUACGAUGGUGGCCGUGGACGUGGGUUUUCAGGGGGAAGAGGAGGCCGUGGUGGAGGAGGUCGUGGCCGCGGAGGCCCGCCAUCCAUCUAUGGUGAAGGCCGUCCAGUUCCACCGCCAGACCCUGAUGUCCAGAAGGCCGAGGAUGAGUACAUCAAAGAACGCAGAGGCUUGAACCUUGACAGUCUCAAGAUCUCUCAGGCCUUCCCAUUGAGGCCCGCCUAUGGUACCCGUGGUACUCCUGUGGUACUGUGGGCAAACUAUUUCCCCCUGGUUGCCAAAAAGGACAUCACUUUGUUCCGUUACAAGGUUGAGGUCGGUGUCGAAGGCAGAGCUGCACCUGGCUACAAGAAGCUGAAACGCAUCUUUGAAUUGCUCCUUGAGGAACAUUUUCCCGACUUCAGGGGUAAAAUUGCCACGGAUUUCAAAGCUACCUUGGUAUCUACCGUGUCCUUGGACCUUGCGUCCGAGUCGCUUGAGGUGGUCUACCGAGAUGACUUGGAUGAAGUUGCCCAGCCCAAUGCGUUCACCUACAAGCUUCGGAUCAUUGAGAUUCCCCCGCUGAGUUUGGACCAGCUCACAAAUUUCCUCGCAUCUUCCGGAGCCGAUGCAUUCGGUCAAAGUAAGGAUGAAUACCUUCAGGCCCUGAACAUCAUCAUUGGCCACUUUCCGAAAGCAGCUCGUAACACCUUUAAUGUCGGCAUCAACAAACACUUCAAGACCAAAACCCAGGACAUUUGUGAUCUCCAAGGGGGACUCAACGCCUUGCGAGGGUAUUUCGUCAGCGUUCGAUCCGCGACAUCCCGUCUCCUAGUCAAUGUUCAAGUCAAGCAUACCACCUGCUUCUACGACGGGCCAUUAGUUAACCUAAUGACAAGCACAAAUAACUUGUUCGGGCUGAAGCAAAUGAGCGGUUUGCUGAAGGGUGUUAAAAUCACCGUCACCCAUCUUCCGCCAAAGAUCAAGAAUGGCGUGAAGUGCUAUCGAACAAAGUCUAUUCUUGGGCUUGCCACCCCUAGAGAUGGCAAAACUUGCGAACACCCCCCCAAAGUCGACAACACUGGGGCCGGGCCUGAUAACGUUCACUUCUAUAUUGAUGACACUCCUAAAGAUGGCACAGACACCGCCAAGGGGAAGGGGAAGGCAUCAAAGCCUAUGGUGGGCUAUAUCUCUGUUUUUGAAUACUUCAAGCAGCGCUAUGGUAUCCAAAUGGAUAAGCGUUCUCCUGUUAUAAAUGUCGGGACAGCUACCAACCCAAGCUACCUUCCUGCUGAGGUUUGCAUAGUUGAGCCUGGCCAGGCGAUCAAGUCAAAACUUAGUCCUGCUCAAACCCAGAGGAUGAUUUCAUUUGCUGUUAGACGGCCGAAGGAGAAUGCCGAGACCAUUGUUACCGGCGGAGCGGAGAUUAUCGGAGCAACUAGUCAACCCCAAGCUAUGGCCCGGAUGCAGUUUUCCAUCAUCCCCAAGCUUAUUACAGUUCCAGGCCGUGUUUUAUCUAACCCUUCUGUUCGUUAUAAGGGUCAGGGAGUAGCUUCUAUUCGCUCUGGCAGCUGGAACCUUAACAAUCUAGUGUUUAGGACUCCAGGGGCUCCUUUGAACGAAUGGGCGUAUGUAGUACUCCAAGACCGGUCUAACGCCAGCGACCCAUGGCCUGCAGUCCAAGCAUUCAUGUCUACUGCGAAGGCACAGGGUUUAACGUUGGCAGCUCCGUUGAGAGCGCUCAAUGACCAUAGGGGCCUUCCUUAUGACUUGGAUUUUAGAGGCAGAAUGCCCCUCGAAAACCAAGUUGACGGACUGUUCCAAAGAAUCGUUUCGAGCAACUCCGUGAGGAAUGUCAAACUGCUCCUAAUGAUUUUGCCAAACGAUAACCCAACCGUGUACAAGCGAAUUAAGCUUAAUGGUGAAGUUAUGCACGGCAUCCAAACCAUCUGUGUCAUUAGGUCGAAGUUCGACAAACAGUAUAACGUCCAAUAUCAUGCCAAUGUUGCCAUGAAGUUCAAUUUGAAACUUGGAGGUAUCAACCAUGUUGUGGAUGAUACAAAACUAGGCAUCAUUGCGGCUGGGAAAACUAUGGUGGUUGGAAUUGAUGUCACACACCCUGCGCCGGGUUCAUCUGUCACAGCGCCUAGUGUGGCUGGUAUGGUUGCCAGCGUUGAUAAAUACUUAGGCCAAUGGCCAGCAGUCCUGAGGUUGCAACAUGAAGCCAAACAAGAGAUGGUGGAUGAUCUCACUGACAUGCUCAAGAGCCGUCUUCGUCUUUGGUAUUCUAAGAACAAGGCAUACCCUGAAAACAUCAUCAUCUACCGUGAUGGAGUGUCGGAGGGACAGUAUGGCAAGGUUCUUGAGGAAGAGUAUCCACGCUUGGUCCAGGCUUGCAAAGACCUAUACAGCGGCUCACCAGUGCCAAAGCUUCCUAGGAUGACCAUCAUCAUUGUAGGGAAACGGCACAACACUCGAUUCUAUCCUACCAAAGCUGAAGAUUCUGAAAAAGAUAACGCUCGCUGCGGUACUGUCGUCGAUCGUGGUGUCACCGAAACUCGUAACUGGGACUUUUUCCUGCAAGCUCAUACUGCGCUUCAAGGAACUGCUCGCCCUGCCCAUUACUAUGUGGUUGUGGACGAGAUUUUCUGUCGUCGUCAGAAUCCUGCAUACCCUACUGUCGCUGACGAGCUUGAGGACCUUACGCACAACAUGUGCUACCUCUUUGCUCGUGCUACCAAGGCGGUCAGCAUCUGUCCCCCAGCAUACUAUGCCGAUCUCGUAUGCGAGAGAGCAAGAGCUUAUCUCAACCAUUGCUAUGAUGAUAACGCUAGUCAAACUUCUGGAACCUCAGGCGCUUCACUUCCCACCGCCAAACAACUCCAGCCCCAUGCCAGACUUGCCGAUACCAUGUUCUAUAUGUAA